UAUGGUCCUCAUACAUGAUUCUCCUCUUCUUCUUCUUCUUUUUCUCCCUUUUUUUAACCUUAUUAUCUCUCAAAGAGACUAUUUUUUUAUUCUUCCUCAUAGAAAACCUCUUCAUCUCAUUCAUCUCCUCUUUUCUUUUGUGAUUUUUAAGCAAAACCCAGAAAUGGCAACAAGCAAAGCUGAAGGGAAAAGGAGACUGAAGGAAAUGGCGGAGGAGGAAGAAGAAGAAGAAGAGGACGAGGAUAAUAGUACUACUGGUGACGAUGACAAGAAGAAAAAAGGCAAAAGAGGGUCCAGUACGGUGGUCGGAGGCUCCUGUCCUCCCGCCUGUCAGGUCGAGAACUGCACUGCCGACAUGACCGAUGCCAAACGGUACCAUCGGCGACAUAAGGUGUGUGAGUUCCAUGCCAAGGCUCCUGUGGUUCGAGUUGCUGGGAUCCAUCAACGCUUUUGUCAACAAUGUAGCAGGUUCCAUGAGUUAUCAGAGUUUGACGAAACAAAAAGGAGCUGUCGACGGCGUUUGGCCGGACACAACGAGCGCCGUCGGAAAAGUUCAUCGGAAUAUCAUGGAGAAGGCUCAAAUUAUUAAAACUAGCUAAGAAGGCAAGCAUAUAUAUAUAUAUAUAUGCAAAAAAGAGUCAAUUCAGUCUUGAAUUUAAUAUGAUCCUAUGUAUGGGAAUGGACUUUCCCAAAUGAUCAUGUAACUAUAUGGAAUUUACUAAUUAACCAUGCUCUCUCUCUUCUGUCAAUCUUAAUUUUACCCCUAUAAUAGUGUCACCUUUUUCA